AAAAUAAAAAUCUUAUUUAAUAUUCAACAUUUAUGUGACAAAAUAUACAAAUGAUCGUUUGAAAAAUUUUGUUACCAUAUUAUAAUAAAUUUUUAUUUAUUUAAUAAUUUUACUUUUUCAAAUGUUACAUGUAUAGCAGUAACAUCUUAUCAAUUUUAUAUAAAUAUAUCCAUUAGAGAGCGCGGAUGGCAGUGAUAUUAGCGCACCCCUUAGAGUUUCUAUAUAAAUUUUGCCUCCUCCCAAAUUAUUAGACUUCUUGAUAUUAUUUAUUAAAUAUAUACAAUGAUUUUAUAUUUCUAAUCUAUUUGUGAAAUAUUUUUUUUUCAUUGUUUGUGAUAUAUGAAUAUAAGCAAAAAAGAGGAUUACUCUUAUUAACAUAUUCAAUGGAGACUGGGAGUUCAGUUAUAUUAGAUACUUGUGGAGAUGAUUCGGUCUUGCUUCAAACAGUAAAAAAUAUAGUUAAUCAAAAUCAACAUAAUGAUUUGGAGCCAGAAGAGGAAGAAUUUUUUUUAGUAACAGAUGUUGAAAAUGAACAUCAUAGAAAUAUAGAUGUUACAAAUGAUAAUUCAGUAUGUAAUCUAAAUGAAUCCUUAGAAAAGAUAUCAUGGACAGGAUUAUGUAGAAUUUGUGCUAAUGUAAAUGACCAUUUAAUUCCAAUAUUUGAAGGAGAAGGCAUGGAACAUGCACUAUGUAACAAGAUACAUAAAUAUUUACCAAUACAUAUUUCUGAGAAUGACACAUUACCUUUGCAAUUAUGUUACCAUUGUGCAGCUACAUUAUUAGCAUGGCAUGAAUUAGCUGAAGGAUGUUUAAGUGCAGAACGCCGAUUGCUUGAGAUACAAACCUCAUCUCAAAACAAACAGUACUUUCAACCACAGUCAACAGAUGAAUCAGUAACUCUGCCAGAAACUACUGUAUCUCAUGUUACAGAAAAAGUUUUUACCAGUCAAGAAAGUGAAGUUAAAAAUGAGGCAUAUGAAAGCAAGGAAGCUGCUAAUGAUUCAAACAGAUGGCAACCAGAGGAUAACAGUAUUAUACAAAUUUCCACAAUCCAACUAGAAGACUCAAAAAUAGAAAGAUUACAAUAUCUUCAAUGUGUUCAUUGUGAAAUAAUAUUCACAGAUAUUAAAUGUCUUAUAAAUCAUAUGAAUGCACAACACAGUGCUGGAAUGCAUUAUUGUUCUCAUUGCAAAUUAGCAUAUAAUGGAUCAAGCAAAGCUUUCGAAGAACACUUAACUGCUCACUAUAAUACCACAUAUGCUGUUUCAAAGCAUAUACGAUCGGAAAAUCAAAUUCCAUUGAUGGAAGAAUUUAAAACUGAAUCCAAUAAUGGUGAAUUACAAAAAGAAGAAGAGGAAAUUAAUAUAGAAGUAGUAUCUUGCAAUGAACAAUUAUCGUUUACUUGUCACUUAUGUAACAAAAGUUAUAAGAAGAAAAGUGAAUUAAAAAAACAUGUAAUUUUACAUGAUGACAUAAUCCAAGCACAGAAUCGCGAUGAAGCAGAGUUAAUACACAAAGCAAAGCAAAUUAUUAACAAUCGUAUUUCAUAUAAAUGUGAAUUAUGUAAAAAAGUUAUAUUCACAAAGCGUGGUUUUUUGCGUCAUAUGAGGGUACACUCCGGAAAACGUCCAUGUAAAUGUGAAUUGUGCGGAAAAUGUUAUCGUAUCGAACAAGACUUAGCACGUCAUAUCAGAGACGUUCAUGAAGGUUUGAAAAAAUAUCCAUGUGAUAUUUGUGGUAGAGCAUUUGCUAAUAAAGGUGCAAAAGAUGAUCACAGAAGAAUACAUACGGGAGAACGACCAUAUGCUUGUAAACACUGUCCUAAAACAUUUCGUACUUUAAAUUCUAUAUACAUUCACAAUCGUGUACAUACUAAUUAUAAGCCUCAUAAAUGUUCAUAUUGUGGUAAAUACUUUAGAAGUAGGCAACGAUUGAAUAAUCACGAAACAACUCAUACAGGUGUAAAAGCAUUUUCAUGUGAAAUUUGUGGUAAGUCGUUUCCAGUUAAAGGAGAGGUCAUGCGACAUCACGCUACUCAUAAUCAAGAAAAACCAUUUAAUUGUAAAGGUUGUGGCAUGAAAUUCGGACAAAAAAGAUACUUACGAAAUCAUAUAAAGCAACAUCAUAAAGAAGAAUCUUAUGCAUUAUUAGCAGAAUUAUCAGAGAAACAUAAUAAGUAAAUAUUGUUUGUAAGCUAGAUUUUUAUUUUUAUUUUAUUUUUUGUAUCAUUCUUACAAAAAAUAAUGUAUAUAAUUAUGUAUGUGUGUAUCUUAUAUUUUAUUAGAAAUAUUUUUAU